AUGUCUGUACCCAAAAAGCGUAAUCAAGGGAAGUUACCACCUUCGACUUUGGACGUAGACGAUCCUUCGUUAAAAUAUACAAAGGAUACACCUAAAUGUGAACAAAUUGCAGAACAUUGGCUCUUGCAGCCAUUACCGGAGCCAGAAUCUCGUUACAACUUCUGGGUAAUAGUUGUUACUUUACUAGCUUUUGCUGCUAGAUUUUAUAAGAUCUGGUACCCAAAGGAAGUUGUUUUUGAUGAGGUUCAUUUUGGGAAGUUUGCAUCUUAUUAUUUAGAGAGAUCUUAUUUCUUUGAUGUUCAUCCCCCAUUCGCUAAGAUGAUGAUUGCCUUCAUUGGUUGGUUAUGCGGUUAUGAUGGCUCCUUUAAGUUUGACGAAAUUGGAUACAGUUAUGAAACUCAUCCGGCUCCAUAUAUUGCGUACCGUUCCUUCAACGCGAUAUUGGGUUCUUUAACUGUUCCCAUUAUGUUUCAUACCUUGAAGGAGUUGAAUUUCAGAGCCGUUACAUGUGCUUUUGCAUCCCUUCUGGUUGCCAUUGAUACUGCCCAUGUUACAGAAACCAGAUUGAUUCUAUUGGAUGCCAUCUUAAUCAUUUCCAUCGCUGCUACCAUGUAUUGUUAUGUUCGAUUCUACAAGUGCCAAUUGCGUCAACCAUUUACGUGGAGUUGGUAUAUUUGGUUGCACGCUACUGGUUUAUCUUUAUCGUUCGUUAUUUCAACAAAAUAUGUUGGUGUUAUGACAUAUGCUGCUAUUGGUUUUGCUGUAGUAGUAAACUUGUGGCAAUUACUGGAUAUUAAGGCGGGGUUGUCUUUAAGACUGUUCAUGAAACAUUUCAGUAAAAGAUUAAACGGUUUAGUGUUAAUCCCUUUCGUGGUUUAUUUGUUUUGGUUCUGGGUUCAUUUCACCAUUUUGAACACCUCAGGUCCAGGCGACGCUUUUAUGUCUGCUGAAUUCCAGGAGACUCUACAAGAUUCUCCCUUGAGCGUUGACUCAAAGACAGUUAAUUAUUUCGAUGUCAUUACUAUCAAACAUCAGGACACAGGUGCAUUUUUACAUUCACAUUUGGCACGUUACCCACAACGUUAUGAAGACGGCCGCAUCUCAUCCGCUGGUCAGCAAGUUACUGGUUAUGCGCACCCGGACCUCAAUAAUCAAUGGGAGGUGUUACCACCACAUGACAGUGAUGUCGGUAAAGGGCAAGCUGUUCUCUUAAACCAACAUAUUAGAUUAAGGCAUGUAGCCACUGAUACUUACUUAUUAGCCCAUGAUGUCGCUUCGCCAUUUUACCCUACCAAUGAGGAGAUUACUACAGUAACUUUAGAAGAAGGUGAUGGGGAGUUAUAUCCUGAAACGCUUUUCGCUUUCCAACCAUUGAAAAGGUCGGAUGAAGGUCAUAUCCUAAAGAGUAAAACGGUUUCUUUCCGUCUUUUCCAUGUCGAUACUUCUGUAGCCUUAUGGACUCAUAACGACGAAUUAUUGCCUGAUUGGGGGUUCCAUCAACAAGAGGUCAACGGUAACAAAAAGGUCAUCGAUCCUUCGAAUAAUUGGGUUGUCGAAGAAAUUAUUAACUUGGAUGAAGCUAGAAAGGUAUAUGUUCCAAAGGUUGUCAAACCGUUACCAUUCUUGAAGAAAUGGAUUGAAACUCAAAAAUCUAUGUUUGAUCAUAAUAAUAAAUUGUCAUCAGAACAUCCCUUUGCUUCCGAACCAUACAGUUGGCCUGGUAGUUUAAGUGGUGUUUCAUUCUGGACUAACGGUGACGAGAAAAAACAAAUAUACUUCAUUGGUAACAUUAUUGGAUGGUGGUUUCAGGUCAUUUCAUUGGCUGUUUUCGUUGGCAUUAUCAUAGCAGACUUAAUUUCAAGACAUCGUGGUUACUAUGCCCUUAACAAGAUGACAAGAGAGAAGUUAUAUGGCCCAUUAAUGUUUUUUUUUAUCUCCUGGUGCUGCCACUAUUUUCCAUUCUUUUUGAUGGCGCGUCAAAAGUUUUUGCAUCACUACUUACCAGCUCAUUUAAUUGCUUGCUUAUUCUCUGGAGCACUGUGGGAAAUUAUAUUUAGUGAUUGCAAAUCAUUGAACCUGGAGAAAGAUGAGGAAAUAUUAGGCACCCCGUAUCAAAAGAACCCCAGGAUUUAUGUUAAACCUUAUGUGGCGUUCUUGAUAUGUGCCUCUGCUGCUACUGCAUGGUUUUUUGUCUACUUUUCACCAUUGGUGUAUGGGGACAUCAGCUUGUCGCCAUCAGAAGUUGUCUCUAGAGAGUGGUUCGACAUAGAAUUAAACUUCUCAAAGUAA